GUUCGCCUUCGCCCGAUGACCUGAGCGGCGGCGGCGGCCUUCGGGGGGCACGGUUGGACGGGUGGCCUUAGCUCUCCGUUAUUUCUUUUAUUUCUCGGCUUGACCAGAUGGCAUCAUUGGGUCCUGAUCAGCAUGUGGAGGCGACCAUUGAAUCAACAGAGCAGUCCGAGGGUGUCACCCUCUACGUUAUCAGCAUUAGUGUUGGACCUGUUAAAUGGACUGUAAAGAAGAGAUACAAUGCCUUUGCCGAGCUCCACGACAAACUUGUUAGCAACCAUGGCCUUGCCCGAGAUUUGCUCCCUCCUAAAAAGAUCAUUGGAAACAAAGAUCCAACUUUUAUUGAGAAGAGAAGAACUGAUCUCCAGUUGUAUUUACAGACAAUCCUCAAUUUCAUGCAUCAUGCAUUACCCCGUGAAUUGGCAGAAUUCCUCGACUUCCACAUUUAUGAACUUACUCAUUUACUACAGUCCAUGGCAAGACUCUUUUUCCAUGAGGCAGAUAAACUACUGGCAGAUGGCAAGCCAGUCACUCUAACACCUUUGCAGCUACAUGCGAUCUCCUUCCGUCUGAAGAACCCUCUACCAACUAACGUAGCCUCGGAACAAGAGACUGAUUUUAGUCACGUUGCUGAUUUUGUCUCCCAGAUUAAACACCUUGUCAUUCAAGGCAGUAAUGAGUGUCUGAGAAUCUUGUUGCAAUUUGACACCAGGCCAGAGUUCUAG